AAUGCUUAACUUAGUUGUCGGUGCGUCACCAAAUUGACCAUGUAUAAAAUAAGUAUCUCAUAUUUUGGAAUAUAAAAGGAAAGCAAGCAAUUGUAUAAUUUUGUAGCAAUCCACAUUUGAAAACAAUCUGUGUAUCUUUCUUCUUUCCUUUGCAGAAAAUUGAGCAGUGAAUAAUGGCGUUAGCAAAUUCUACAGCAACUCUCUCAACUCCUCUCUCUAAACCAUACCAACCAUUAACACCACUCAUCAAUUCUUCUUCUUCUCUUAAUCUCCCUUCCAAAUCCCCUAAAUUCUCCUCUAUUUUCUGUGUUAUGGCUCCUGAUACAGCUUCUGCUCAAGAGAACAAAGAUUUGGGGGUUAUUCAAAGACCUGAUUCUUUUGGGAGGUUUGGUAAGUUUGGUGGAAAGUAUGUUCCUGAAACUUUGAUGUAUGCCCUUUCUGAGCUUGAAUCUGCUUUUCGCAAAUUCUCCCAUGAUUCUGAUUUUCAGAAUGAGCUCGAUGGGAUAUUGAAAGAUUACGUGGGAAGAGAAACUCCUCUAUACUUUGCAGAAAGACUUACUGAGCAUUACAAGUCUGUUAAUGGUCAAGGGCCUGAUAUUUACCUUAAGAGAGAAGAUUUGAAUCACACUGGUGCUCACAAAAUCAACAAUGCUGUUGGCCAAGUUUUGCUUGCCAAGAAAUUAGGAAAAACACGUAUCAUUGCUGAAACUGGAGCUGGUCAACACGGAGUUGCAACUGCAACUGUGUGUGCUAGAUUUGGUUUGGGAUGUAUUGUUUACAUGGGAGCACAAGAUAUGGAAAGACAAGCUUUGAAUGUUUUCAGAAUGCGUCUUCUUGGUGCUGAGGUUAGAGCCGUCCAUUCCGGCACAGCCACCCUGAAGGAUGCCACAUCUGAAGCUAUAAGAGAUUGGGUCACUAAUGUGGAGACGACGCACUAUAUUUUGGGGUCUGUUGCUGGCCCACAUCCAUACCCCAUGAUGGUCAGGGAUUUCCAUGCUGUAAUUGGAAAAGAAACUAGGAAACAAGCAUUGGAGAAAUGGGAUGGCAAGCCAGAUGUACUGGUUGCAUGUGUUGGAGGAGGCUCAAAUGCCAUGGGGCUCUUCCAUGAGUUUGUUGAGGAUGAAGAUGUUAGGUUGAUUGGUGUUGAGGCUGCGGGUUUCGGCGUAGAUAGUGGGAAGCAUGCAGCUACUUUGACUAAAGGGGAGGUUGGAGUUCUGCAUGGAGCAAUGAGCUACCUGUUGCAAGAUGAUGACGGACAGAUAAUAGAGCCUCAUUCAAUUAGUGCAGGCUUGGACUAUCCUGGAGUUGGACCUGAGCAUAGCUUUUUGAAAGAUUUGGGUCGUGCUGAAUAUGUCAGUGUAACUGAUGAUGAGGCUCUGGAAGCGUUCAAGAGACUAUCUCGACUGGAAGGCAUUAUCCCUGCUCUAGAAACGUCUCAUGCGCUAGCUUAUCUGGAGAAACUUUGUCCGACUCUUCCAAACGGCACUAAGGUGGUUGUGAAUUGCAGUGGCAGGGGAGACAAGGAUGUACACACAGCAAUUAAGCAUUUGAAGAUGUGAUUUUGAAGGAUUUUUAUUCAAAUAAACAAAUAAAACAUCUUGAAUAAUGUCGUUGGUAUUCUAGUUGUCUCUGUUGUAGACCAAGUCUAUUUCCAUACAAACUUCCUUCCAAUUGGGAAUUAAAAGACAAUUUUGUACUAUACAAA